UAGCCGGCUGCUCCCGCUGCGGCUGGCUCUGACUGUUGCUGUGGUUGCCUGAGUUGCUGCUGCUGCGGCGGCGGCGACGGCGGCGGCGGCAGUGGCAGCGUUAGCCGCGGUACUGGUGGAGGUGUCGGCCUUUGGGCGGAUGUUGACAUUGUGUUGUUGUUAUCGCUGAUGAUAAUGGCGGCGGCGGCGACGGCGACGGCCGGGACCCCAUCUCCUCUGUAGCCGGAGCCGAGGCAGCCAAGACCGAUUUCCGCGGCCUCUGAGCCCGCGGCAGCGACUCCCCUCAGCCUCCGCCGCCUCGCCAGCCCGCACCCCCGGCCCCAGCCCUUGGAGUCAGUCCCCUUUGAGUAGGGGGUCUUGGAGGCUCAGGAUGGCGGAUUUCGACGAGAUCUAUGAGGAGGAGGAGGACGAGGAGCGGGCCCUGGAAGAGCAGCUGCUCAAGUACUCGCCGGACCCAGUGGUGGUCCGCGGCUCCGGUCACGUCACCGUAUUUGGACUGAGCAACAAAUUUGAAUCAGAAUUCCCUUCAUCAUUAACUGGAAAAGUAGCUCCCGAAGAAUUUAAAGCCAGCAUCAACAGAGUUAACAGUUGUCUUAAGAAGAACCUUCCUGUUAAUGUACGUUGGCUACUUUGUGGCUGCCUUUGUUGCUGCUGCACAUUAGGUUGCAGUAUGUGGCCAGUUAUUUGCCUCAGUAAAAGAACACGAAGAUCGAUUGAGAAGUUAUUAGAAUGGGAAAACAAUAGGUUAUACCACAAGCUGUGCUUGCACUGGAGACUGAGCAAAAGGAAAUGUGAAACGAAUAACAUGAUGGAAUAUGUCAUCCUCAUAGAAUUUUUACCAAAGACACCGAUUUUUCGACCAGAUUAGCAUUUACUUUAUUUAUAGAGACUUUCCAAGUAUGUUGUCUUUCCAAUGGUGCCUUGCUUGGUGCUCUCCUGGUGGUGACAUAACAUUGGUUCUACAGAAUCGUGUGGUGUUUUUUUGUUUUUUUUUGUUUCGUUUCGUUUUGUUUUGUUUUUAAAAUAACCGCAUGUUCUAAGUGUGCAUUUUUGUCAAACUUUGCAAGUUAUUUCAUACAAAUGUUUAAUACUUAAGUUAUUGUGCUCUUUUCUGUUAUGUAUUCUGAUUUUCAAGGAUUACUUUUUGUAUUAUCGAAAAAAUACAUUUGAAAUUAGCAUAAAAAGUGGCCAGCCUUUUUUAUUUUAUCACCAAGGUACACACAGUCUUUUAUUUAUUAAUGCCAUAAUAUAGAAGAACACUUUUGUAAGGCUCUACUUAUCUAUUCUAGCAAGCACAAAAAAUUGUAUUAUUUUUCUUCCUUUUAAAAUUUAAAAUAGUUAUUAUUUUAAAAUAGUAAGUUUUCUUUACUAGCUUUUUGGAACCUAAUAUAUCCUUUCCCAUUCAAUUCCUAACGCUCUGUUUACAGCAGAAAUAUCUGUAACAUUAUGAAGACCUAUCAAAUUUUUGAAAGUAUUUCUGUCUUCAGAGGUAGUAAGGCAGGAUUAAAUUAUUUUUAUUAGAAUAGAUAAAUAACGAAUGGUAUGCAUGCUCCUAAUGGUUUCUAGAGCUCAGGAUCACAAAAUAUAGUAGCAUUACAGUCUGUGUAUAUUUUUGAUCAAGAUAAUAAUGGCCUUACUUGUGUUAUUUUUUAUUGUUUAUCAAAUCUUAUAUAGAAAAGUAUGGAAAUACUCCUUUUAAAGAUUUCUAAGGAAAAUAUUUCUCCCAAUCUAACAUAAUUGCAGAAUGGAUAUAUGUUUCUGAAAGGUUUUUGAAAGAAAGCAGAAGUUCUUGAAUUAAAAGUGAGCUGGUGUUUAAUACCCCAUUGAUACUUAGAACAGAUUAUUACUAAGAAAUGGAGGAGAGAUCUAGUACUGUUUUUAUCCACUAGUUUGCUUUCAGUCCAGUUAUGUAUACUUUUUUGAUUAAGAAUGUGACAUAUAAGUAUGAAUCAGAUUAGCUAGUUUCUUUUAAACAUACACAAACAUACAUAUUUUUUCCUUCCUUUUGUUGUACAUAUCUCCAUGCAUUUUAAACUUUCUAAAUUUCUGAAUGGCCUAUGUGUAAAUUUUUGUUUUUAUAAACGUGAAAUUAUACAAGUUUUAAUGUGUGUCAAGAACUUGUUCCAUACAACUGUGGUAUCUAGCAAUAAUGUGAAUAACUUUUGAAAUUAUAUAAACUAUGCUUACUAAUUUGUAUUGAGAAUUGGUACCACUAUACAAUAUCUUUUCUCCUUGUAUUAAAUCUUUUAAAUACCA